UGUUAUUUAUAUCUCUGGGCGGGUCUGCGGCUCGGCAGCACCAGGCGCCCGGCGGCCGCUGUGCCAGGAGCCCCGAGCUGCCCUCCUCCCCCUGCGCCGCUGCAGCCGCCCCCGGGCUCGCGGUGGCCGCCGCUUCAGCCCCAGCGCAGUGUCUGAGACCACAUUUAAUGAUCUGGUCCUUCGACUGUCACCCUGUUGAAUGAGAAUGGGAACACAUCAAGCUCUGGUCAUCGCUGAUACCUCAGAAAAAUAGAGUUUGACAGAAGGAGAAGGGACUCUUCCAUGAAGACUGAGGCAGAGGUGCUGAGAAGAGCCUACUGACAUGACAUCAGCCACGGAGUUUGAAAAUGUGAGCAGCCAGCCACCGUACAGCCGGAUCAAUGCCCGCUGGGAUGCCCCAGAUGAUGAGCUGGAUAAUGACAACAGCUCAGCCAGGCUCUUCGAGAGGUCUCGGAUCAAGGCCUUGGCAGAUGAGCGGGAAGUUGUUCAGAAAAAGACCUUCACGAAAUGGGUGAACUCCCACCUGGCUCGAGUGUCCUGCCGCAUCACCGAUCUCUACAAGGACCUGCGUGAUGGGCGGAUGCUCAUUAAGCUGCUGGAGGUGCUGUCUGGAGAGAUGCUGCCAAAGCCUACCAAGGGGAAGAUGCGCAUCCACUGCCUGGAGAAUGUGGACAAGGCCCUACAGUUCCUCAAGGAGCAACGUGUGCAUCUGGAGAACAUGGGCUCCCACGACAUCGUGGACGGCAACCACCGCCUGGUCCUGGGCCUCAUCUGGACCAUCAUCCUCCGCUUCCAGAUUCAGGACAUUGUUGUCGAAACUCAGGAAGGUCAUGAGACGCGCUCAGCCAAGGAUGCCUUGCUGUUAUGGUGUCAGAUGAAGACGGCAGGCUACCCCCGAGUCAAUGUCACCAACUUCACCUCCAGCUGGAAGGAUGGCCUGGCCUUUAAUGCCCUGAUACACAAGCACCGGCCCGACCUGAUCGACUUUGAUAAACUGAAGGACUCUAAUGCCCGGCACAACCUGGAGCAUGCAUUUGACGUGGCCGAGCAUCAGCUGGGCAUCAUCCCGCUCCUUGACCCCGAAGAUGUCUUCACAGAAAACCCUGAUGAGAAAUCCAUCAUCACCUAUGUCGUGGCAUUUUAUCACUACUUCUCCAAGAUGAAAGUGCUGGCAGUGGAGGGCAAGCGCGUUGGCAAGGUCAUUGACCAUGCCAUUGAGACCGAGAAGAUGAUUGAAAAGUACAGUGGGCUGGCCUCAGACCUGCUCACCUGGAUCGAGCAGACCAUCACCGUCCUGAAUAGCCGCAAGUUUGCCAACUCGCUGGCUGGCGUCCAGCAGCAGCUUCAGGCCUUCAGCACCUACCGCACUGUGGAAAAGCCACCCAAGUUUCAGGAGAAGGGGAACCUGGAAGUCCUGCUUUUUACCAUCCAGUCCCGGAUGAGAGCCAACAAUCAGAAAGUGUAUACGCCCCACGAUGGGAAACUAGUGUCUGACAUCAACCGGGCCUGGGAAAGCCUAGAGGAAGCUGAAUAUCAGCGGGAGCUGGCCCUGAGAAGUGAGCUCAUCCGGCAGGAGAAGCUGGAGCAGGUGGCCCGGCGCUUUGACCGAAAGGCUGCGAUGAGAGAGACAUGGCUCAAUGAAAACCAGCGCCUUGUGGCCCAGGAUAACUUCGGGUACGACCUGGCAGCCGUGGAGGCCGCCAAGAAGAAGCACGAGGCCAUCGAGACUGACACAGCUGCCUACGAGGAGCGGGUGAGGGCCCUGGAGGACCUGGCCCAGGAGCUGGAGAAGGAGAAUUACCAUGACCAGAAGCGCAUCACAGCCCGCAAGGACAACAUCCUGCGCCUAUGGAACUACCUGCAGGAGCUGCUGCAGUCCCGGCGCCAGAGGCUUGAGACCACACUGGCACUGCAGAAGCUCUUCCAGGACAUGCUGCACAGCAUAGACUGGAUGGAUGAAAUCAAGGCUCACCUCUUGUCUGCUGAGUUUGGAAAGCACCUGUUGGAGGUUGAAGACUUGCUACAGAAGCACAAGUUGAUGGAGGCUGACAUUGCCAUCCAAGGGGACAAAGUGAAGGCCAUCACUGCGGCCACCCUGCAGUUCACUGAGGGGAAAGGGUACCAGCCUUGUGACCCCCAGGUCAUUCAGGACCGCAUCAGCCACCUGGAGCAGUGCUUUGGGGAGCUGAGUGACAUGGCAGCUGGGCGGAAGGCUCAGCUGGAGCAGUCCAAGAGGCUCUGGAAGUUCUUCUGGGAGAUGGAUGAGGCUGAGAGCUGGAUUAAGGAGAAAGAGCAGAUCUACUCCUCCCUGGACUAUGGCAAGGAUCUGACCAGCGUGCUCAUCUUGCAGCGCAAGCAUAAGGCCUUUGAAGAUGAGCUCCGUGGGCUGGACGCCCACCUGGAGCAGAUCUUCCAGGAGGCUGAGGGCAUGGUUGUACGCAAGCAGUUUGGGCACCCACAGAUUGAAGCCCGCAUCAAGGAGGUGUUGGCCCAAUGGAACCAGCUGAAGGAACUGGCUGCCUUUCGCAAGAAGAACCUCCAGGAUGCUGAGGACUUCUUCCAGUUCCAGGGCGAUGCAGAUGACCUUAAGGCCUGGCUGCAAAACGCCCACCAGCUGCUCUCAGGUGAAGAUGUUGGGCAGGAUGAAGGGGCCACACGGGCCCUGGGGAAAAAGCACAAGGACUUCCUGGAAGAGCUAGAGGAGAGCCGAGGUGUGAUGGAGCACCUGGAGCAGCAGGCCCAGGGCUUCCCCCAAGAGUUUCGGGAUUCCCCAGAUGUGACCAGUCGGCUGCAGGCCCUCCGGGAGCUCUACCAGCAGGUGGUGGCCCAGGCAGAACUGCGUCGACAGAGGCUGCAGGAUGCCCUGGACCUGUACACGGUGUUUGGGGAGACGGAUGCCUGUGAGCUGUGGAUGGGCGAGAAGGAGAAGUGGCUGGCCCAGAUGGAUAUCCCUGACACGCUGGAGGACCUGGAGGUCGUGCAGCACAGGUUCGACAUCCUGGACCAGGAGAUGAAGACUUUGAUGGCUCAGAUUGACGAUGUAAACCUCGCUGCCAACAGCCUGGUGGAGAGUGGCCACCCACGCAGUGGGGAAGUGAAGCAAUACCAGGACCACCUGAAUACCAGGUGGCAAGCAUUCCAGACCAUGGUGUCAGAGCGGCAGGAAGCGGUGGACUCGGCCCUCCGGGUGCACAACUACUGUGUGGACUGUGAAGAGACGGGCAAGUGGAUCACAGACAAGACAGAGGUGGUAGAGUCUACCAAGAACCUGGGGCGGGACCUGGCAGGUGUCAUUGCCAUCCAGCGGAAGUUGUCAGGGCUGGAGCGUGACGUGGCCGCCAUCCAGGCCCGCGUGGAGGCCCUGGAGCGUGAGUCGCAGCGGCUGAUGGAAUCACACCCUGAGCUGAAGGAGGACAUUGGCCAGCGGCAGUCAUACGUGGAGGAGCUGUGGCAGGGCCUGCAGCAAGCCCUGCAGGACCAGGAGGCGUCCCUGGGUGAGGCCAGCCAGCUGCAGGCCUUCCUGCAGGAUCUGGACAACUUCCAGGCCUGGCUGUCCAUGGCCCAGAAGGCCGUGGCCUCUGAGGACAUGCCCGAGUCACUCCUGGAGGCUGAGCAUCUCCUGCAGCAGCAUGCAGCCAUCAAGGAUGAGAUUGACGGGCACCAGGAGAGCUUCCAGCAUGUCAAGGCCUCUGGGGAGAAGGUGAUCCAAGGCCAGACAGACCCAGACCCAGAGUACCUGCUUCUGGGCCAGCGGCUGGAGGGCCUGGACACCGCCUGGGAUGCCCUGCACCGGAUGUGGGAGAGACGUGGCCACUCCCUCGCCCAGUGCUUUGGCUACCAGGAGUUCCAGAAAGAUGCCAAGCAGGCUGAAGCCAUCCUCAGCAACCAGGAAUACACUCUGGCUCACUUGGAGCCCCCAGACUCCCUAGAGGCUGCAGAGGCUGGGAUUCGGAAGUUUGAGGAUUUCUUGAUGUCUAUGGAGAACAACCAGGAUAAAGUCUUGAGUACCGUGGACUCUGGAAACAGGCUGGUAGCUGAGGGAAAUCUGUACUCAGACAAGAUCAAGGAGAAGGUGCAGCAGAUUGAGGACAGGCACAGGAAGAAUAAUGAAAAGGCCCAGGAGGCCUCAGUUCUCCUGAGAGACAACCUGGAGCUACAGAACUUCCUCCAGAACUGCCAGGAGCUCACUCUUUGGAUCAAUGACAAGCUUCUGACAUCUCAGGAUGUCUCCUAUGAUGAAGCACGAAACCUUCACAACAAGUGGCUGAAGCACCAGGCGUUUGUGGCAGAGCUGGCUUCCCACCAGGGGUGGCUGGAAAAUGUUGACGCAGAAGGGAAGCAGCUGAUGGAGGAGAAGCCCCAGUUUAGGACCCUAGUGUCUCAAAGGCUGGAACACUUGCACCGGCUCUGGGAUGAGCUGCAGGCCACGAUGAAGGAGAAGACCCACCACCUGUCGGCCGCCAGGAGCUCUGAUCUGCGCCUGCAGACCCAUGCUGACCUCAACAAGUGGAUCAGUGCCAUGGAAGACCAGCUGCGGUCGGAUGACCCAGGAAAGGACCUGACCAGCGUCAACCGGAUGUUGACUAAGCUGAAGCGAGUGGAGGACCAAGUGAAUGUGCGGAAAGAGGAGCUGGGGGAGCUGUUUGCCCAGGUGCCCUCGCUGGGAGAGGAGGCAGGAGACGCAGACUUGAGCAUUGAGAAGCGGUUCCUGGACCUCCUGGAACCCCUGGGGAAGAGGAAGAAGCAGCUGGAAUCAUCCAGAGACAAGCUGCAGAUCAGCCGGGACUUAGAGGAUGAGACGCUCUGGGUGGAGGAGAGGCUGCCUCUGGCCCAGUUGGCCGACUAUGGCACUAACCUGCAAACUGUGCAGCUGUUCAUGAAGAAGAACCAGACGCUGCAGAAUGAGAUCCUGGGCCACGCGCCACGGAUCGAUGACGUGCUGCAGAGAGGGCAGCAGCUGGUGCAGGCGGCGGAGAUCGAUUGUCAGGACAUCGAGGAGCCUCUGGUCCACCUGCAGGGCUCAUGGGACAUGCUACAGGAGGCUGCAGCUGGGCGGCUGCAGCACCUGCGGGAUGCCCAUGAGGCACAGCAGUACUACCUGGAUGCGGGUGAGGCCGAGGCCUGGAUCAGUGAGCAGGAGUUCUACGUCAUCUCCGAUGAGACACCCAAGGAUGAAGAGGGUGCCAUCGUGAUGCUAAAGCGGCAUUUGCGGCAGCAGCGCACAGUGGAGGAGUACGGGCGGAACAUCAAGCAGCUGGCUGGCCGAGCCCAGAGCCUGCUGGCCGCAGGCCACCCCGAGGGGGAACAGAUCAUCAGACUCCAGGGGCAAGUGGAUAAGCAGUAUGCGAGGCUGAAGGACGUGGCAGAAGAGCGCAAGCGGAAGCUGGAGAACAUGUACCACCUAUUCCAGCUGAAGAGGGAGGCCGACGACCUGGAGCAGUGGAUUGCGGAGAAGGAGCUGGUGGCCUCUUCCUCGGAAAUGGGGCGAGACUUUGACCAUGUUACUCUGCUCCGGGACAAGUUCCGGGACUUUGCCCGAGAGACUGGGGCGAUCGGGCAGGAGCGGGUGGACAACGUGAAUGCUAUCAUCGAGCGGCUCAUUGAUGCAGGCCACAGUGAGGCGGCCACCAUCGCCGAGUGGAAGGAUGGGCUGAAUGAGAUGUGGGCGGACCUGCUAGAGCUCAUAGACACACGCAUGCAGCUGCUGGCUGCCUCUUAUGACCUGCACCACUACUUCUACACUGGUGCGGAGAUCCUGGGCCUCAUCGACGAGAAGCACCGUGAGCUGCCCGAGGACGUGGGUCUGGAUGCCAGCACAGCCGAGUCCUUCCACCGGGUGCACACCGCCUUCGAGCGGGAGCUGCAGCUGCUGGGUGUGCAGGUGCAGCAGUUCCAGGAUGUGGCCACCCGCCUGCAGAAGGCCUACGUUGGGGAGAAGGAAGAAGCCAUCCAGAUCAAGGAGCAGGAGGUGUCUGCCGCAUGGCAGGCUCUACUCGAUGCCUGUGCCGGGCGCCGAAACCAGCUGGUGGACACGGCAGACAAGUUCCGCUUCUUCAGCAUGGCCCGCGACCUCCUCUCCUGGAUGGAGAGCAUCAUCCGGCAGAUUGAGACCCAGGAGAGGCCCAGGGAUGUCUCUUCUGUGGAACUGCUCAUGAAGUAUCACCAAGGCAUCAGGGCAGAGAUCGAAACCCGGAGCAAGAACUUCAGCGCCUUUCUGGAGCUGGGCAAGUCACUGCUGCAGCGGCAACACCAGGCCUCGGAAGAGAUCAGCGAGAAACUGCAGCAGGUGCUGUCCAGAAGGAAGGAGAUGCAUGAGAAGUGGGAGGCCCGCUGGGAUCGGCUCUGCAUGUUGCUGGAGGUGUGCCGGUUCUCGAGGGAUGCCUCCGUGGCCGAAGCGUGGCUGAUCGCCCAGGAGCCCUACCUAGCCAGCCGGGACUUUGGACACACAGUGGAUAGCGUGGAGAAGCUCAUCAAGAGGCACGAGGCUUUUGAGAAAUCCACAGCCAGCUGGGCAGAGCGCUUUGCUGCCCUGGAGAAGCCCACCACGCUUGAGCUGAAAGAACGCCAGACGCCAGAGAGACCCGCAGAGGAGACUGGGCCUCAAGAGGAGGAAGGCGAGACAGCAGGGGAGGCUCCCCGAGUUCCCCACCGUGCAGCCACCGAGAGAACGUCCCCGGGGGAAGAGGAGGGGCCAUGGCCUCAUGACCUACAGCCGCCACCCCCACCAGGGCAGCACAAGGAUGGGCAGGAGGAGAAAUCCAGUGGGGAUGAGAGGCCCGCCACAGAGCCCCUCUUUAAGGUCCUGGACACACCUCUGAGCGAGGGUGAUGAGCCCACAACGCUGCCGGCCCAGCGGGACCAUGGGCACAGCGUGCAGAUGGAGGGCUACCUGGGCCGCAAGCACGACCUGGAGGGGCCCAACAAGAAGGCAUCCAACAGGUCCUGGAACAACUUGUACUGCGUGCUCAGGAAUAGCGAGCUGACUUUCUACAAAGAUGCCAAGAACCUGGCCCUGGGGGUGCCCUACCAUGGGGAGGAACCCCUGACCCUGAGACAUGCGAUCUGUGAGAUUGCUGCCAACUACAAGAAGAAGAAGCAUGUCUUUAAGCUGAGGCUGAGUAAUGGCAGUGAGUGGCUCUUCCAUGGCAAGGACGAGGAGGAGAUGCUGUCCUGGCUGCAGGGCGUGAGCACCGCCAUCAACGAGUCCCAGAGCCUCCGCGUCAAGGCGCAGAGCCUGCCCCUGCCGUCCCUCACCGGCCCCGACGCCAGCCUCGUGAAGAAAGACAAGGAGAAGAGAUUCAGCUUCUUCCCCAAAAAGAAGUAGCAGCCGGCGGCCCCGCAGCCGGCACGUGCAGGGUCUCCGCCGCGCCCGCUCCUCCUGCCGCCUGCCGCCCGGCCCGGCCGCCCGACGCCUGCCUCCGCGCCCCCGGCUCCGGGGACAGGGGGCUCCAGCUCCUGCGCCCUCGUGGGGCCUCCGGGCCUGGGGCAGGAAACGGUUCUCUGAGGCACACGCCCCUCUCUCCCACCCUCCUGCCGAGCUGAGGGCUUUCCAGUCCCCUACCCACCAUAAAAGCUGGAGAAGAAGGCUGAUGGGGUCCCUCAAACGCUGCCCACUUCCAAAGUCAGUCUUGCUUGGGGUCACCUCCCACCGGGUCGCAGCCAGGGAAAGGGAAGAGGACACUGGAAGUGCCUAACCUGCCCCCUAGUGGCAUAAGGAAGGAGCCUUCAGGUGGGCCCACACAGCUCUGGGCAAGGGGGUGCAGCGGGGCUGAGGGGACAAGACCAGACGCAGGGCCUUGGGUGCUGCCAGCAUCCUCCUUACCGGGCUUCCUCCGAACUGGGGCUGUCACCUCAGGGGCCAUCACAUCCCUUCCUCUCCCCUCCUUCCACCAGGAAAAAUAAAACAGCACCCUGCAAGGUUGGCAGGUCCUGACUGAAGGAGCCUCCUGCUGCCCCCAGCACACUUUGCUGCCACCACAGGUGGGAGGCAGGCUCAGCGAGUUCGUUAGAGCUCAGGGCCUAAGGCUCAGACUUGAAGGAGGGACAGACAGAUUUCAACACUGCCUAAGGCUCUGCAUCUCCAGGCUGGGACCCUCCCCCACUCCCAGUAGCAGCCAAACCAGCAAUAUACCCGAUAGACGCAGGGCGACAGAUGCAGGGCCACUUAGGGAGACGGUGUGGACCCCCACAUACAAGAUGGAUACCCCAGCAUCUGGAGUAAAGCAUCCCAAAGCCAAAUGCCCAAUUGUGUCCUAUCUGCAGCCUGUACCACAGGACGGUAUUGACUGGCCAGACAGCAGAAUUUGUCAUCUGUCACCUUGUGGUAGCAAAUGUGGCCAUGCCUAGGUAUUACCACCUGCAUGACACAACUACCCCUGGACAGCUGGGACAAAUGCCAGAGCCAUGAAAGCAUGGCACUCCUUGACCAGCUUCUCCUGUCUUGGCUAUGGGUCUUGGGGGGUUGCAUGGGUACAGAGGUCAAACAUCUACCCCUUCCCCAUCCCUAAGCACCAAAAGUGGUUCUGCAACCUAUGUUCCCAUGCUGCUAAGGUCAGACUUCCAGAGGGGAAACCGCUUGCUCCAUAGACUUUCCCCACCACUCUGCUCUGAGAACAAGACAUCUCCAGCCCGGUAUCUUAACUGGAGUUAGGUCCAAAAGAGGAGUCUGGUUGGGGGCAGCAGGCGUUUUCCUCCAGGGAGACCAUAAAAGUCCCCAGGGCUUGCAGUCACUGUUUCUGUCACCUUCCCCAUGGGAAGGAGCCUUAGAUAGGUGGAGAUGAAGUGGAGGCGGCUCAGGUAGAAGCCACAGGGGUAGGCCUUCCCAGGUACCCUUAGUGCUGACCAGCACGUGCACAGCUCAGAGAUCAAUUCCUGACACUAUGUCGGGGUGAAGCCAACUUCAGCAGACAGGAACCACAGGAGGGGAGAAGUUAUCCAUUGGAGCCUGAUAUCCCCAGGUCAGUUGUUCCCAUUUCUGCAGCCAGGGUCUUCAUUUGGCCUCAGUACAUACGACCCUAUAGACCUCUGCUUCUACAGGGAACCUAGUGUGUACCAUUCACCAGCCUCUUUCUGCAUCUGCGGAAACCAAGACUGGAGGCAGUAAGGCUACUACAUUCACCUGGCAAUAAGUAAGGUCUUUCGUACACUCGGGGGCAUGUCCUCCUCUAGGGCAGAGAGCAUAUUCCUUGCUGAAGGGCAGAUGGUGGCAAGCACCUCCCUCAACUGUUUCCCCUGGGCCAGUCUUUAGGGAGCCAAGGGACAAUGGUCCAUCCCCUCCCCUCCACGUGUGCCAAAGUAGCACCUGAAGUGAAGAAUUUCCAGGAGGCAACUCCACAAACCCAAGAAAGGGCUCCAGUGGAAAUGCUAGGAUUCCAGCACCCCAGGUCCCCCGACUAGGCAAGGGCAGCCAGCUGCAUGUGACCCACCAUCUGUGGCCGGCUCCCUAGGCAUUCCUCCCACGUCACCCCAGCCCCAAGACACUCAACUGAUGGACUGAAACUGCAGGUGCCCAGCUUUGGGAGACCCUGAGCCAUAUCAGAUCUAAGUUCUCCUAGUGCCCUGGCAAGGUUUCUUUUUUUUCUCUCUCUCCUUACAUUUUCUACUUUGCAGCCUUUUCUUUGACAGUAUUCCCAAACAAGGUUAUCACAGCUCCAGUCCACACCAGCAUAACAGGCUUCCUCCCCAGGGCAGUUUAGAGGAAGCUCUUCUGGGCAAGUUCAAGUGGUUCUCUUUCCCCUUUGUCCCCUGGCCUCAAAGGACUCUGGCUGAGGGAGGUGUGGAGGGUCCUCAGGCUUCCCUCCCCCACCCUACCUCCACUAGCACCCACAACAGGAGGCCUGUGGAAGGCGCAGCUUCUCCUCCACACCACUCCUCCUUCCUGCCUAUCAGAAAGCAACCAGGGUCCCCUAGGCUGGUCCUGGAUCCCCUUCCUCCCUCAGUGGGAGAGGGCAGAGAUCAAGAGGAGGAAGAGGCCAGCAGACAAGUAAGCUCAGGGAGGACACAAGGAAGGAGGUGGCUGCAGAGGAACGCAACCCCACUGGGCACAGACCAUGCAAUCUGGGGCUGGCCCUGGGGCCAGCUGGGCUUUGUCCUCCACCUGCUCAAAUGUGCUUCCACCAACCAGAGGAAACCCAUUUACUAGUUUUUCUAAUAAAUCAAUAAUGCUCCA